GUCUACGGCGUUUCCAAACUUUUGGAGGGCAGUGUAUCUAAUAUUAGUUUCUGUCCCGUGGCAUUCCUCAUGUAUCCAAGCAAAAUGCAGCCAGCUACUGUAGCGGUUAAACAGACAGCUACAACUAUGAGAAUGAAACGUCAAAUCAGAACAAUUUUGCCUGUUAGCAUCAGAUUGCGUUUGAAUGAAUAAAGCGGCUUACUCCCGGGUUGUUAAACUAAACGCAAACGCCGUUUUCUUACGCCGUAAAGGACUGGGGUCAUUUAAACACACCUUUCUGACGUGGUUUAUGGUCAUAUAGCUACUGUAGGCUACUAUAAACGCAGAAGCGGCACGGGUUUUUUUGAAGUGUGCGCACUACCCAUGACGCUGGGAGGAUAACAGAGGGUAACAGAGAGUUGUGGAAAAAUAUGCUUACAGACAACGACGCGUACUAUAUACACGGAAUUACAAAUGCAGCUCUAUUCAUGGAGAACACACAAACAUUCAGCGACAGACAUUUUCCUCCAGGAUGCAGGGAGAGAUCAAACCCACGGGAGUCCAGCUGUGUCUCCAUGAAAAGCGACCAGUCUAUGGGCAAGCCAAUACAAUUUAAGGGAAGACGCACAUCAGCUGAUCUGAGUCAAUUGCACAUGGAGAGCUCAAACUCAGGGGAGUCCAGCUGUGUGUCCAUGAAGAGCGACCAGUCUAUGGGCAAGCCAAUACAAUUUAAGGGAAGAUACACAUCAGCUGAUCUGAGUCUAUUGCACAGGGAGAGAUCAAACCCACAGGAGUCCAGCUGUGUGUCCAUGAAGAGCGACCAGUCUAUGGGCAAGCCAAUACAAUUUAAGGGAAGACACACAUCAGCUGAUCUGAGUGUAUUGCACAGGGAGAGCUCAAACCCACGGGAGUCCAGCUGUGUGUCCAUGAAGAGCGAUCAGUCUAUGGGCAAGCCAAUACAAUUUAAGGGAAGACACACAUCAGCUGAUCUGAGUCUAUUGCACAUGGAGAGAUCAAACCCACCACAGUCCAGCUGUGUGUCCAUGAAGAUCAACCAGUCUAUGGGCAAGCCAAUACAAUCUAAGGGAAGACAGACAUCAACUCAUCUGAGCCUAGAGGUCCAAAGCACAUUCAAAUCAAAUCUAAUGAAGAAGUUUCAGUGUCUGUAUGAAGGAACAGCAAAAGAUGGAAGCCAAACACUCCUUAAUGAGAUCUACACAGAGCUCUACAUCACAGAGAGUGAAAAUGGAGGGAUCAAUAAUGAGCAUGAGGUGAGGCAGAUUGAGACACAGUCCAGGAGAGCAGCAACAGAUGACACACCAAUCAAAUGCAAUGACAUCUUUAGACCUUUACCUGGACAAGACAAACCCAUCAGAACUGUGCUGACAAAGGGAGUCGCUGGCAUUGGAAAAACAGUUUCUGUGCAGAAGUUCAUUGUGGACUGGGCUGAAGGGAAAGCAAAUCAGGAUGUCCAGUUCAUAUUUCCACUUCCUUUUAGAGAGCUCAACCUGAUGAAGGACAAAAAACUUUGUCUUUUAGAUCUUCUUCAGGUUUUGUUUACUGAAGCAAAAGGAAUGCAAAUAUGUAGUGAUGAAUAUAAAGUUUUCUUCAUUUUUGAUGGUCUGGAUGAGUGUCGUCUGUCUCUGGAUUUUCAGAGCAAUGUGAGGUUGUGUGAAGUAAGUGAAUCAGCCACACUGGAUAUGCUGGUGACAAACCUCAUGAAGGGGAAUCUGCUUCCCUCUGCUCUAAUCUGGAUCACCUCAAGACCAGCAGCAGCUGAUCUCAUCCCCUCUGAGUGUGUUGAUCGGGUUACAGAGGUGCGAGGCUUCAAUGACCCACAGAAGGAGGAAUACUUCAGAAAGAGAAUCAGUGAUCAGAGUCUGGCCAAUAGAAUCAUCACACACCUGAAGUCAUCAAGGAGCCUCUACAUCAUGUGCCACAUCCCAGUGUUCUGCUGGAUCUCGGCCACUGUUCUUGAGGGAAUGUUGUGGAAAUCAUGGAAAGGAAAGAUCCCCAAGACUGUCACUCAGAUGUACACAUACUUCUUGGUCCUUCAGACAAACAUUAAACAUGAGAAAGACUAUGAGAAGAAAGCAGAAGAUGAAGACAUGAUUUUCAAACUAGGGAAACUAGCUUUCCAGCAGCUUGUGAAAGGCAACUUGAUCUUCUAUGAGGAAGACCUGAGAGAGUGUAGUAUUAAUGUGAAAGAAGCGUCAGUGUACUCAGGACUGUGCACUCAGAUCUUCAGAGAGGAGAUUGGCUUGUAUCUUGGGAAAGUCUUCUGCUUUGUUCAUCUGAGCAUUCAGGAACAUCUUGCAGCUCUAUAUGCACACAUCUCCUUUACAGACUACAUAAAUGUGUUCGAUCAAACCACAGAACAAAAUAUCUUAUCUAAGGUUUUAAACUGGAUGAAAAGUAAUUCAUUAUCUGGGCUGCAUCAAAAAGCGGUGGAUGAGGCUUUACAGAGUAAGAAUGGACACCUGGAUCUUUUCUUGCGUUUCCUGCUGGGUCUCUCACUGGAGUCCAAUCAGACACUCGUACAAGAACUACUGACACAGACAACAAGCUGCUCCUACAACAAAGAGGAAACGGUUCAGUACAUCAAACAGAAGAUCAGAGAGAAUCCCUCUCCAGAGAGAUCCAUCAAUCUGUUCCACUGUCUGAAUGAACUGGAUGAUGAUUCACUGGUGCAGGAAAUCCAAGAUUAUCUGAGAUCUGGAAAAAUAAGUCAAGCCAAACUCACUUCUUCACAGUGGUCAGCUCUGGUUUUUGUGUUGCUGACAUCGGAGCAGAGGUUGGAAGAGUUUGAUCUAAAAAAGUUUAUUGGAGGACAAAAUACAGCAGAUGAAGUUCUUGAGAAACUGCUGCCUGUGAUUAAAGAAUCCAGAUCAGCUAAGUUAUGUAGGUGUGGUGUCACAGUCAAAGGUUGUACUGCUCUGGCAUCAGCUCUGACAUCAAACUCCUCAAACCUGAAAGAACUGAAUCUGUCUGGAAAUAAACUACAAGAUGCAGGAGUAAAGCUGGUCUCAGAAGCACUGAAGAAUCCUCACUGUAACUUGGAAUCACUUUGGUUGAGUGAUUGUGGUGUCACAGAAGAAGGUUGUGCUGCUCUCGCUUCAGCUCUGAGUUCAAAUCCUUCAUACCUGAAUUUUCUGGAUCUGACUGGAAAUAAGUUAAAAGAUAUAGGAAUGAAUCUGAUCUCUGCUGUACUGGAGGAUCCUCAGUGUAACCUGAAAACACUGCGGUUGAUUGAUUGUGGUAUUACAGAUAAGGGUUGUGCUGUUCUGGCUUCAGCUCUGAGAUCAAACCCCUCCAACCUGAAAGAACUAAAUCUGUCUGGAAAUAAACUAAGAGCAUCGGGAGUGAAUCUGCUCUCUAAUGGACUAGAGGAUCCUCACUGUAAUCUUGAGAUACUGUGGUUGAUUGAUUGUGGUGUCACAUAUAAAGGUUGUGCUGCUCUGGCUUCAGCUUUGAGAUCAAAUCUCUCACACCUGAGACAUCUCAAUCUGUCUGGAAAUAAACUACAAGACAAAGGAGUGAAAAUGCUCACUGUUGGACUGAAGGAACCUAAAUGUGAACUAGAAACAUUGUGGUUGAUGGAUUGUGGUGUCACACAUAAAGGUUGUGCUGCUCUGGCUUCAGCUCUGAGAUCAAACCCCUCGCACCUAAGCAAACUGGAUCUGACUGGAAAUUUUCUUGGAAUGUCAGACGUAAAUCAGCUUUUUGCUCAGAAGUAUGAUUCACAUUAUAAGCUGAAGACACUUCUAUUUUAGAUGUUGUCUGACCUUCUCUGGAUCAGCUGAAUGUGAUUAAAGAGCCACUACAGAAACAUCACAUCCAACAGAAUUAACAGAGACGAUUACAUAGUAAUCAUAACACAUGGAUGCAUUUGUGUAACUUUCCAUAAUGAUCCAAUCCUUGAUCCAUAGUGCAACAAGGAAAACUUUUGAUUCUUUGUCAGAAAUUGCAUUUGUACUGGUCCCCAAUUUCACAUAUUAUCUUUUGUUCAAUCAAUACAUUUCAGGCAACAUAAAAAAGUUGAAGUCUUUACGUUAGCAAUUAAUUGAGGUAUUAGAAGCAUAAUUUGUGCUCAUAUGAUGUUUAAUGUAUAUAUUGAUAAAUAGAUACGUAAAUAUUGAUUUUAGAACUAAUUUUUUCUAUUAACUGUGAACUCAGGUACAGGCCACAUAUCUGAGAAAAACAAUAACUCAGAGGAGAACUUGACAGUGUUAAGUCAAUGAAAAUCAAAGAACAAACACAAAUGGAUCACAUUUAAUUGUGCACUGUGUUACCGCCCUUAUCAUAUUGCAUUGUUGCACAUUGGGAUUCAAACCUUUUUUUUUUUUACUUUAUAGUUCAAUUUAGGUUUCAAAGAACUGUUGCCCUUUAUUUAUUUUGACAACUAAUUGAAUGUCAGUCAUUCAAUGUUUAAUUUUUCAGUUGCAAAACUGUUGAGAACCAUGAGCUGACCACAGCAAGUUGAAACUGUAGGGUGAGCUGCCUUACUAUUAAUAUGCCAGGACUUGAGGAAUAAAACAAAAACUGUCAAAUUCAUUCAGUAUUACUUGACCUACCACCACUACUUCAGUUACAAUCAAUUCAAGUAUAAUUAAUUUAAAAUACUGUUGUGUUGAUUGCACUAAACCAGUCCAGUACUUUAUAGUUAAACAAAUUUUUUUAUGUAUGAAUAAUGAACAUUUCUAUUUCACCCCUGUGAAAAUAUCCUGGCUCACUUCUGAUGAUUGUUCACAUGAAUCGCUGUGUAUGCAGUAUAACCUGUAAAAGUAGUUUUUGUUUGUUUGUUUACUUUUGUUUUUUGAUUUUGUGCAUUUUUACAUAUAUAUAUAUAUAUAUAUAUUUUUAAAUAAAUUGUCAUGACAGUUUCAGUUUUGAGGUCCCCGAUUCUCUCAGCAAAUUCUCUACUACCGACUUCUACAAGGGAAAUUCUUCAUCCAUCCAUUCAUUCUCCAAACUGCUCGACCUAUGUAGGUUUUGGUGGAUGUGGAGGUGCCACUUUUUGUCUCCAGUGCCAGAAGCUUCUGUAUGUAGUUGUGAGGCAAGUGGUUCUGAUGUCCAACAAAAUGCUUUUACAGACCAGUAUUUUAAAUAAACAGAAAAACGUAUUGAUAAUAUCUUGCAAGGAACCUCCUAAAUUAUUAGUACACCAUAGGAAGUCAGUGCACUGGCAAUUUGGAACAGCAUUCAUCCAAAUUCAACAAAAAACUCAAAGGCAGCAAUAUUUCAUCAGUUUACAGGGCUGGAGAAAAAAAUGUUUGCCUUGGAAGAAAACAAGGCAGGUAACGAGGAAGGACAGGUGAAGCAAAUUAACCAAAAAUGGGUUAAGAAUGGGGUGGGGUCAAGACAUUAGAUAGGAGAGCACAUUGCACAAACAAACAUGACAAGCCAUGUGCUGACGCCAAACAUGACAAAACAAGCACAUGACCAAUAAACACAAAUCAUAAGCCAAGUGCACAAACAAAACAACACAAGACUUGACAAGAGCACAUGGUGAAUAAAACAACAUCCAACACCAUUGCUCACAAAAACAAUGAGCAUAUGGCAAACAAAGUCAUGAGCCAAUUGCUCAACAAAGGAACACAUGGAAAAGGAAAUAACCCCCGCCAUGUGCACAAAAACACACAACAGACAGAGAGCAUUGGCAUCUGGAUCCUGACACAGGAGCAAAUUAAAUCACUUUGAGAUAUGCUUGUAAUUUAAUAUUUUUAAACUUAGCUUUAAAAAAACACAAGUGGGAUAAAGCUUGUUCUGUUUAGAAUCUACAGGGCUAGUUCCCUUCAUUAGCAUUAUCUCAACUAGAGUUGAUUAAGAGCCACACCCUUCUGAUUUGAGAUCAGUACAAAUCAAGAUCAGGUGGAUCGAUUGGUGUAGUUGUGGAAGUGAUUUGGUUUAUUUUAGAAAGUUAGCCAGUCAAUACCUUUAGGAGAGAAGUUUGGCUUGAAAAGUGUCUUAUAUUUCUAGGGUUUAAAGGCUCUGAAGUUGUGCUUGCUGUGGUACAAUGCUGAGGUUAUUGAUGGUCAUUUUCACUGGAUUACUAGUGCUGGUACUUUACUGGUUCACUGCAUUUGUGAUUGUGCUUGUGUUUUUUGUUUUAUUUUUCUUAGUCAAUCCAGAGGGAGUGCAUUUCCAUAUAUAUUUGUCAAGUAGGUAUAUCCAGAUGGGAUCUUUUCUCCAAACAUACCUUUGGUGACUAGCCAAAGAGUUCAAUUUCAACUUCAUCAGAUCACAGCACUUGGUUCCUAAAGGAUUCUGGCUUGUCUAAGUGUUAAAUCGCUGGUCCAGUCUGUAUGCAGGCCAGAUGGACUUGAAGCCAGCAAAGACUACGACACAGCCCUUUACAGCCAAAGAAGAUUAAUACAAACCAUAUAUAUGACCAUUAUAAGACCAUACAAAUGCAGACACCCUAUGGCCAACUAAGGCUGCAACGCAUCAUGCCAGGACCAGCUAGGACCGUAAUGCAGACCUAAAUGAUAAGCAAGAUCUUUGUGCAAACGCUCAUUAGUAAGCCAGUCAUCCACUGCUGGCUAUACUGCAUCUUUACUUUUAAGACCUGUGAUGUAGCUUGGAAUCAUUACAGAGGAGAACUUGACUUGGCACAGAUUUGGGGCUUCUGGUUUGCAAUCCUGAUCAGUCUAAAAGCAGUUCUGUUGGAGUUUGUUGUUGGUCUUCUCUUUGCCUUCUCUCCUCAGUUCCUCUUCUUUCUUAGUUUGUUUCUUGUUCUUUAGUUAUGUUUCAAUAAAAAUUGCUAGCAGGAAACAUUUAGCAUUCCUAGCAUUCUUAAUUAGCAUUCUUAGCCUUACACUGCUUUGUAAGAUCUUCAGUUUGCUGCUUAGAAGAUCCUAUGAAACUGUACAGUCUUCACUGUGUGAAUGAAAUAUACAUCGAUUGAUUCUUAUUAAAGCUACUAAGUUAUUCGGUCA